CGUGCACUUGUGAACGCCUCUGUUGGUGCAAUCACGGCCGGAGACCUCUUUAACUCUCCCCGAGCAAUGAUGUGCACGCACUCUCCUCGCCACCGACCACUCGGCAACGAUGCACCACCGCGUCCAUAGGAUGGUGGCACAGACGACAGUGAGCGCGUAACGCGCCCCGCUGGGAUAAUAUAUACAAGGAAGCCGACUUAUAGAGGCAGUUGUUUAGACAGUAAUAUUAUCAGCAGAAACAGGAGCAAUAAUAAUAGCGCAGUCGCCAACAGCUGCCACCGGCACUAGCAGCAAGCUGAGAGCGUAUUGAACAUUAACAUCAGCAGCGGUAUCAACAGAAACACCAACAUCUUCAGUAGCGGCGGCAGCAGCAGCAGCAGGAGCAUCAGUAGCAGCAGGAGCAUCAGUAGCAGCAGUAUUAGCAAGGGCAAAAACAUCAGUGGCAGCAGCAUAAGUAAUAGCAUCAACAGUAGCACCACCAUAAUCAUUAUUAGCAGCACCAGCAGCAGUAUCUUAAACAUCAUCAGCAGUAGCAGCUGCGUCAGUAACAGCAUCAUCAUCAUAAUAAACAGCAAUAACACCAACAACAAAAGCAACGGCAAGCAGCAGCGUUCAACAGCGUAACACUUCGGUGAACAGUGGAUAAGGCUCAGUAUGCAUCAAACACACAUCGGCAACUGAAAGGAUGCGUCGUGUCGUAUGGAUUCCUUUCCUAUGCCGUUCCUGCAGCUGACCUUCACCCGGAGCGACUCGGAAGCAUCACGAAUAUAGACCGGACGGAUUUAAUUAUAAAAUACAAUCCUCCGUGCAAAACUUCCAGUGUACGCAAGAGCCGGCGUACGGAGCAGGGGUGCCGAUCAUCAGCCACAGCAGGACGUGCGUCAUGGCGCAGGUGUUGGAGUCAGCGGCUCAGUCGUCGCAAGGGGGGCCGCCCCCCCGCGAGAGCGGAGGACUCCACGAAGAGUCGCCCAACAUGCUGGUCUACAGGAAGAUGGAGGACACGGUGAAGCGCAUGCAGGAGGAGGACGUGGGCGUGCCCGUUCGCACCGUCAAGGGCUUCAUGACCAAGAUUCCGAGCGUCUUUACCGGGGCAGAUAUCAUCCAAUGGCUCAUGAAAAACCUCAGCAUCGAAGACCAAGCCGAGGCCCUGCACCUGGGCUCAUUGAUCGCGGCGCACGGAUAUUUCUUUCCCAUCUCCGAGCACGUCCUCACGCUCAAAGACGACAGCACCUUCUACCGAUUUCAGACGCCGUACUUUUGGCCAUCGAACUGUUGGGAGCCGGAAAAUAUGGACUACGCCGUGUAUUUAUGCAAGAGAACAUUGCAAAACAAAUCCCGCUCGGAACUGGCAGACUACGAAGCAGAAAGCCUGGUGAGGCUUCAGCAGGCGUUUGCACGCAAGUGGGAGUUCAUUGUGAUGCAGUCCGAGGCGCAGGCCAAGAUUGAUCGUAAACGUGAAAAGGUCGAGAAGAAAAUCACCGAGAGCCAAGAGAGGGCCUUCUGGGAUGUUCACAGGCCAGUGCCAGGGUGCGUGAAUACCACCGAGGUGGACAUGAAGAAGUCGUGUCGGAUCCGGGAUCCGCACAGGAUACGCAAGUCUGUGUACGGCUUGCAGGAUGAGUGCACCGGAGGAAGUCCACCCCCAACUCCACCGCCCGAUGCCAAGAAGCCCACGAUGGACGAGCUACGUCGACGGGUGGAAUUUCUCAACACUCAGCUGAACUGGCACUGCAUGAAGACAUCCAAAGUGGCUGAAAGCCUGAUUGGAUACUCAGAGCAGUACAUGGAAUAUGAUGCUUUCCUGACUCCAACGGAACCUUCCAACCCCUGGCAGUCGGAUGACCCCACGUUUUGGGACAUGGAGUCUAGCAAGGAUCCGAGCCAGCAGCAGGUGAGGAGGUGGGGCUUCUCCUUCGAUGAAGUGCUCCAUGACCCGGCAGGACAAGAUCGCUUCCUCCGCUUCCUCCAGUCCGAGUUCAGCUCUGAGAAUCUGGAGUUCUGGCAGGCGGUGCAGGAGCUGAAACGACGGCCGCUGCGCGAGGUGCCCGAGCAUGUGCAGCGCAUCUGGGAGGAGUUCCUGGCGCCCGGCGCCCUCAACUCCAUCAACCUGGACUCGCACAGCUUCGAGCGUACGGCGCAAAACAUCCGCGAGCCGUGCAGAUACACGUUCGAGGACGCUCAGGAGCACAUCUACAAGUUGAUGAAGAGCGAUAGCUACGCUCGCUUCCUUCGCUCACCCAUCUACCAGGAGGUGCUGCUCACGAGGAAAAAGUCUGAAUACAACCAGGACCGCCGGACCUCAUUUGAGAAGUUCACCAGGAAUGUGAAAAGUAUGAACUUAUUUUGAGGACAUAAAAAGACGUGGAAAAGAGAGCCGGUCUCUGAAAACUCGUCGAAGAUUGCCUUCCACUUCUCGCGAUCCAACAAGCUAGAGAACGAGAGAGAAAGAGAGACACACACACACACAGAUGAAUAGAGAAGACCGAAACUGGAGGAUUUCUCAACAAUUCUGACUGUCGCCCUGAUGAGGCUGGUUGUAAUUACCAGCGAAACGUCGUACUCGAAUUGCAAAUGAUGUCGGUUUACUCUCCAACACACCGGGUGUACUGAACUAGUAACUAAUUGGCAUAUUUUGUUUACGUGACAAACCUUACUAAUUGGCUGCAUCGGGUGGUGACGGGGUUAACAACACAUUUACAAUUACGCGAUCUAACGCAAAAAAACCCCUCUUAUGGAUAAUAUUGGUCGUGAAAGCCUACUACGUGUUAAAUAGAGAAUAGAUCACUUAAAAACAACACAUAUGGGGCAAUGAUGCUGGCAUUAAAGGGCCACUUCUAGGGAUUCUACAACCAAGUUGGGGCACAAUGAGUACAUAUUUUACAGUCUCGCCAGAGGUAAGAUCACUCCCCUGUCCUGUAUAUUUUACAAAUUUGCCAUAUUGCUUGUCAAUUAAAAAAUUCUUAAUUUCCGUGUGAUGAUGCAGAGAAAUACAUAGCUUGUACUUCCUAAAGCCCGCCUCCUGUCGCCACACGAAGUCUCUAUCGAUCAGCCUCACCUGAAUCAACUCACGAAACUCUCUACUCUGCUUUGAUUUUUUCGUGGCAUCGGUUAUCAAGAUACAAGUUUACCAGUGACGUGCUAAAGUUCCAGCUCACGCAGGCAGGGGGCACUGGCAUAGCGUGGUUGUCAUGAGCCCUGGGUGCAAAUAAUGGAUUGGUACCCCAUGUCUGCCGUCAUGUGCCUGGACCAGAGGUCGCAAACGGGUUUUGAUUCCUUACCCGUACCCGGCCGCAACAGGGUCACAAACGGGUACCCGUACCCGGGUACGGGUAGGGUACGGGUAUCGGGUACCUGAUUGCGACCUCUGGGAUGAAGCCACGUUGCAGGCGUGGGUGGGUUGAUUCUAGGAACUUGAAUUGUGAGAAGA